UCAUUCUGGCCUACUUCACACCAGUUUUUGUAACUAGCUAGCUAUAGCAACUCUUGAGCAGCACAAAAAUCAAUAACUUCUCCCACUAUUUUUCUCCCCAAAAUGUCUAAACUACAGCUACUUAAUGAGGUUCUCGAUGAAAAAUUAGCUGCAGUUCCCCUGGAGAUAUCCGUAGUAGUUAAAACAACGAUAGCAGAGUACCAGGGAGAAAUCUCCCGUUUGAAGCGGGCGGUUGCACGUCUACGAAGACUGCUGGAUUUGGUUUUCAAACCAGAGAUAAAAUUGCAAAGAUUAGCAGACCUCCAGCAGCUCACUCUCACUGAAGAGGUUAUUCCUGAGCAGAGUCACUGUGAGCAGGAAUGGAGCCCUGGUCUGGGGCCGGUGGAGUCGGAUACCGAAGAGUCUAUGUGGGACUCUUUCAACAUCAUAACUGUGGAGAACCAAACCGAAUCUGAUGGCGAGAGCCACAACAGAGAAUCUGAAUCAACCAGUGACUAUGAGCCCCCCUCUGAACUUUGCACCAUGAUGAAUCUGGUGAUGGGGGAGGCUAUUCGUAAAAUCUGCCAACUAUUCCUAGUGACCUCCUCACGUUUACAAAAUGAAAAUGGGAAACUGAAAACCAAGGUGGAGCAGAUGGAGGAAGAUAUGAAGACAAUAACUGAGAAGGCUGAACAUUAUAGAAUGUCUCUAGCUAAAGUAGAGGCACGAGCGGAACUGAAAGGACCUACCCAUGUUCUGCACAAUGGAAUCAUCUUUGCAAUUAAACCACUUGAUCUCCCAGUGUUGCCUGGAAUGACAGCGGGUUCAGCAUUGCCAGGGAAUGUCAGUCAAGCAAACCCUGUCACUAACGCAGCAUCAGUCCGUGCAGGUCCUGCAAAAGUUUGCAGUAAACCCACAGAGACGUCUUCAUUGGAGAAUGACUCCUCUCUGGGAGACACAGAUGGACUGAAUACAGACCUCUCCCCAAGAGACACUGAAUCCAACGUUGAGCAUAUGAGAGCUGCUCUGCCAGGGAGCAACGAGAGAGACGGCCAUGAAAGCCAGAAAAACAGCAAUACUACUAAAGGGACACGAUCCAAAGAAACCAAACGCUUCAAGUGUGAUAUUUGUGAGAAGACCUUCAGCAAGAAAGAGUUGUUGAGAGUUCACAAGUUAACGCAUACAAGACCCUUCAAGUGCGAUGUGUGUCAGAAGACCUUCACCAGGAAGGGGUUACUGGAAGCUCACAAGCUAAGUCACACAAGACCCUUCAAGUGUGAUGUUUGUGACAAGGUCUUCAACCUGAACCGCUUGCUGGUACGUCACAAGCUAAUUCACACAGGAGAGAGGCCAUUCGCUUGUGGUCAAUGUGGCAAAACAUUCAGAAUGUCCAAGCAGCUCGAACAUCACAUGUUGCGUCACAGAGAAAAAACAUUCAGUUGCAAAGUUUGUGGAAAUGUUUUGUCUACCAAGAAAGAUCUGAAACAACAUCAGCUUGUUCAUGCAGUGGAGAGGCCGUUCAAGUGCCUGACUUGUGACAAGGGUUUCACGUCAAGGAAACUGCUUAUCGAGCACGAGAGAAUCCACACCGGUGAAAAACCAUACACCUGUGCUGUGUGUGGAAAGAGUUACAGACAGCAUGGUGGCCUUAGUAUUCAUAUGCGACGACAUACAGGUGUACGUCCGCAUUCAUGUUCAGAGUGUGGUAAGGGUUUUAUGACAAGCAGCAGCCUCAAAAACCACAUGGUUGUUCAUACAGGGGAGAAGGCAUUUACAUGUGAGACAUGUGGAGCUGCUUUCGGCCAUAAAGGAAACCUUGUGAGACACCAAGUGCUCCACACAGGGGAGAGACCUUACAAAUGUGAAGUGUGUGGGAAAAGCUACCUUCAGUCCACCGACCUAAAAGCUCACAUGCACCGUCAUGGGGCAACCAAACCAUUUAUGUGUGACCUAUGUGGGAAGACUUUUAUGUACAAUUUUCAAAUGAGACGACACCAUCUAAAAUGGCACACAGCUGAAGGAGAGAAGCAGAGGGUACGAAAGAGAAAAGAGAGAACGAGAACCGCCAGGAGACCGGGAACCUCAACAAAGCCAUUCAGUUGCGACAUAUGUUUGAACGGCUUCAGCUCCAUGCUAACUCUGAAAAACCAUCAACGAAGUCACACUGGACAAAAGCAAUACUCUUGUUCCAUUUGCGGAAAGAACUUUGCCUAUAAACAUACUUUUGACUACCACAUGAGACUUCACAGUGGGGUGAAGCCCUACGCUUGUAAAUACUGUGAAAAGAAAUUUGUUCUUAGGCAAGCUCUAGAAGGACAUGAGCGAACCCAUACUGGUGAAAAGCCCUUCAAAUGCAGUUAUUGUGACAAGACUUUCUCAGUCAACACCAAUCUCAAAAGGCAUGAGAGAGUCCACACGGGAGAGAAGCCAUUCAAAUGUGACGUCUGCGGGAGAGGUUUCAGCCAAGCCAACAACGUCAAAGCCCACAUGCAAGUCCACACUGGAGUUAGGCCUUAUUAUUGCAAGAGAUGUGGAAAGGGCUUUUCUGACAUAAGACACUACAAAAACCAUAGCUGUAAUGGUGUGGCAGCAACACGUGAUCGGUCUCGUAAAUCUUCAGACCGUUCUUUCAGAAAUAAAGGAGGUGAAGACAGCAGUGCUUGUCAUAAUGCUGCUGUGAUGUCGACUCAGUGAUAUAAUCUCUAUCAUUCACAGUGGGGCAACCUCCUGCUUUCAGACAUCAGGAACAACAUGGAUGUAUUCAGUAGGGUUAAAAGUUAUCGGGUGAGUUUCUGGAAAGCCUUGUAAAAAUUAGAAAAUGAUCUUUAGGAAAUGAAAUGAGUGCCUGCUGUAAUGCUUGGAGAUCUUGCUGUAAGUCUUAGGGUCAUUGUUCAUUAGCCCACAUUCUCAUGGAUGUGUUUAUUUCUGACUGCUGAAUCAUUUACAAUGUUUUUUUUCUUUCUAUUGUGUAAAUCAUUAAACACCUAAUUCAUGUGUAAAUAUCA